ACAAUGGAAAACUGGCAUCUGAGCGAGUUCAGCCAUGUAAGGAGUUAACUGUUCCAGGGAGAGGGGAGGACCAUUUCAAGAUCACUUUGCUGAAGUGGAUUGGGAGGAGCAUUACAAUGUCACUUUGCUGAAAUGAAACUUAAGUAUACAGUGUACUGAAUAUGGAAUAAACUCUCCCCAGCUCUUCAGAAAUAUCUAUUAAAUACACAGUCUACUAUCUCACAGAAAAUACAAAGAUAUUACCCACAAACACAUGCAGAUAUGCCCACCUCCAGUAGUCUCCUGUAUGAAGAGCAAUUCCUGUGCUCUAUCUGUCUGAAUGUACUGUAGUCACCGAGGAAGGCUGAAGGGCUCAUUAAAGAGCUGGAGCAGGAAACCACUGAGCUAAAGAGGAGAAGCACUGAGCUGGAGCAGCUCUCACACACUGAGGACGACCUAAACCUCCUCCAGAGCUUCCCAUCCCUGUGCAGCCCUCCACUCACCAAGGACAGUGAUCUGUGUGUGGGGACUGUGAGGAGAGCUGUGUCUCAGCUAGAAGAGACAGUCAUGAGUGAGAUGAAGAGGCUGUUUGAUGAUGAGCUGAAGAGGAUUCAGCAGUAUGCAGUGGAUGUUAUUCUGGACCCUGAUACAGCAAGCCCCUGGCUCAUUCUGUCUAAGAAUGGGAAAGAAGUGAGAACUGGAGAAAAAAAACUGAAGCUCCCUGAUAACCCAAAGAGGUUUGAUUCUGCCGUUAAUGUUUUGGGAAAGAAAGGCUUCUCCUCAGGGAGAUUCUACUAUGAGGUAACUGUUACAGGGAAGACUGAGUGGAAUUUAGGAGUGGCCAGAGAGUCUAUCAACAGAAAAGGGACUGUUACAUUAAGCCCUGAUAAUGGACGCUGGGCAGUGAUCCUGAGGGAUGGGAGUAAGUACAUAGCUUGUGCCCCGACCCGUGUCCACCUCUACCUGAGAGAGAAGCCCCAGAAGGUGGGGGUGUUUGUGGAUUAUGAGGAGGGUCAGGUCUCAUUUUAUGAUGUGGAGGCCAGGUCUCAUAUCUACUCUUUCACUGGCUACACCUUCACUGAGAAACUAUAUCCAUACUUCAGCCCUUUGCUCAAUGAUGGUGGUAAAAACUCUACUCCUCUAAUCAUCUCUCCUGUCAAUCACACAGACUGAGUCUGAACCUGAAAUUAACUGACCUGUAAAAUUAGUACCUCAAUUAGAGUUCCCUCUUUCAUCAGGGAGAAUAUUUCACUGUAGAUAAUUAACUGAUGUUUGUUAUUAUUAUUUGACUUCUAAAAGAACAAUCCUUUAUCUGAUCUUAACGGAGCACUGAGCACAGCCACUCUUAAAUAUCACCUGGGCCAGCACAGGUGAAACACCUUCUCACUAAUGAAAUGACAGACCAGCACAGGUGUAACACAUACUGAGUAACGAGGGGACAACCUCCAAAGUCCAACCUCUAAAUAUAAAUGGGAAAAACCAUAGCCUAUAAAUAACAUUGUCAGUCUGUUAGACAUGAUGAGUGCAGAAUGCAGCAGCAAUGUAACAUAGUCUACCUGUAUUAGCAAUAUCUCCAAGGCUCACAACAAGGUAUGACUUCAUAUCUGGGAGAGAGAAUUCAGAGGUUGUUCUGAUUAUUGUUCCCCAUGAUGAUAUCGGGGAGGGGACUUUGGCUCUGUCCGAUAGCACGUUUGUAUGUUUGUCACAUGCGAUAUCUCAGACUGGAUGGCCUGUUUUUGAUGAAACUUGGUUGUAUGAUGUGUUUUGCUGUAGAGAUCUGGCAUGUUCUAAAUGACACAGACUGGCCAGGUGGAGGCACGAAAUCAAGCAACUGAAAAUGCAAAUUUGAAAGGUCACGCCCCUCACCCAGUUUGUCCAAAAGUCAUGAAAUUCAGUACAUCGGUCCUCCUCUUCACAAGGAACAAAUUUGAAGCAGGGAUCCAUAAGGUCCACCAUGAUGGAUAUUACGCCAUUUAGUAUUUUGUGAAUAAUACUUAAAAUGCUACUCCUCUGGCACUGAAUGACCGAUCUGCAAGAAACUUGACAUGCAGCACGUAUGGCCAAACGUCUCUCAACGCAAUAUAUUCCAGACUAGUACCUAAAACAACAUGGUCGUAAUGGCCAAUAAACGUUCAUGUGGUCCGACACAUAAAUCAGUCACAGAUAUUUGUAUUGUAACAAAUUCGGUACACAUGUUGAAAACACUGUCAACAAGACCCAACAUAUGCAAGAACAUUCAUAUCGACCACAAGGUGGCACUAUAACGGGCACAUGUUUUGUUAAUAUCAGCAUUGUCUAGUUUGAAUUUGCCGGGGGAAGGGGGAGUAUCAUUGAGGAGGACGAAAUGUUUAAUGUUGCAUUGUUUUAAUUCUGAUAAUAUCGGCACUAUAUGUUUGUUUUACUUAGAUAUAUAGAAUGCAUAUACUCUGUUGAUCGUCACUAGCUGUAAUGGACACUGAGUAACAUUCAGUUGGUAGAGCAUGGUGUUUGCAACGCCAGGGUUGUGGGUUCGAUUCCCAUGGGGGACCAGUACAGAAAGAAAAAAAAAUGUAUGAAAUGUAUGCAUUCACUGCUGUAAGUCGCUCUGGAUAAGAGCGUCUGCUAAAAUGACUAAAAUGUAAAAUUCAGGAUGUCUGGAUAAUUAAAUUCAGUUGAAUAGUGAUACAAUUGGUAUUCAGUCUAGCACAGCACCAGAGCUUUAGAAUAGUGAUGGGUAUUUAUGACAUCAGCCUUAUUCUAUGAAAUAUGAUUGAAUGCCAUUUUUUUUGGGGGGGGGGUAUAUUAUAUGGGGUGUUUAAUCGUCUGUUUCUAUGGUUUUGAUGACUCAUUGUCACUGCAUUUCAACAUCACCUUGUCGAAAUAAAACUAAAGUAUACAGUGUAUUGUGUACGGUACCAAACUCUC